GUAUAUUCUUCAUUGUCUCGUGUCCGUCAAUGAGCCGUGGCCGCGGAUAAUAAUUCAACACACCCCAGACCGAUUCUUUUUACAAAAAUGGGUUCCAAAUUGCAAGAGUACAAAGACACUUUAGAGCAUAGCCUAAACGACAAAAGCAAACCUUGGACAAAGUAUUUUGACUUAGCAGAACAAAGGACGGGCGUAAAUAGAGUCUAUCUAUUCGUUGGCUUGGUGGCGUUCACCGGUUUAUAUUUAGUAUUCGGGUUCGGAGCUGAAUUGAUAUGCAAUUCCAUUGGUUUCGUUUACCCCGCCUACAUGUCAAUGAAAGCAUUAGAGUCGCCACAAAAAGAUGACGAUACAAAGUGGCUUACCUACUGGGUUGUCUACGCUUGCUUCUCAAUAGUGGAAUACUUUUCGGACUUUAUUGUCGGAUGGUUCCCGCUUUACUGGUUGAUCAAGUGUAUCUUCAUAAUCUGGUGCUACCUCCCAACAGACUACAAUGGCUCAAUGAUAAUCUACAACCGCAUCAUUCGCCCUUACUACCACAAGCACCACGCCAGAAUUGAUGAUCUGGCUGCGUCAGAUCCUUUACAUCAGCUUUUUAAGGAAGUAAAUAAGGAUAUUAAUAAAACUGUUAAGUCUAUUAACAAAACACUGAAGAAUACAUUUCAGCAUAAAAAUGAGUAACAGGUAAACAAGAAUAGAGCUGUACAGCACUGAACUUCACGCCUAGUUACAGACGCUGUAAGGAAGAGCAACUAGGAUUAAUUAACUGCUAUUGAAGGAAAAGUACAAAACAUCAAAUACAGCACUAUUACGCUUUCAUCAUUCAAUCAUUACGUUUUUUUCAAUACACUAAAUACAUUUUUGAAAGAAAAAAAAAUACUUUUCACAAUGGUACCAUUUCUGAAAUAAUUCCUGUUAUAAUAGAAUAUUGCUUGGUUUAUUUUGAAACCUUUGCAAUUACUAACUUUUGAUAAAUAAUAUCAAAUAAAUCACCCUGAUAUAAGGCGUUAAACAAAUGUUCUGUGUAACAAAUACGCUGUCACGUCGGUAUUGGGUAGAUAUAAUGAUCUAAAGCCAUCAUGGUGUAUGUUUUGUAAUAACUUGAAAGUUUUUAGUUUUAAUUUUCUUAGUAAAUUCUUUGUGACUUUAAAUCUUAGGAAUGUAAGUGGCUUACUUUUUCUCCUUAUAUAUUUAAGGCAAUGAAUUUCCUGUCUUUUUGUACUCACUUAUAUCUUGACAAUGUUUGUCUUUUUUUAACUUUUAUAUCAUAAAAUUUAUUGUUAUACCUAAAGUUGUUCUAGGAAUGUUUUUGUUAUUAAAUUUCUAUAAGACCAUGUUUUUUUAGUUUUUCACAAGCUUUUGUGUUGCCACCUAGAGAAUUUAAGCGUGAUGGUAAUACCUGACUUUAUAACAGUAGGCUUGUUGAUGCUUGAAAUGUAAAUUCUGUUUGUGCCUUGUUACAACUGCACUCUGAUUUUCAUUGAGAAAUAUAUUAAGAAUGCCAUUUCACUUAAAUAAAGAAGUUCAUUGA